CGCAGCCCGAGCGGCCGCGGGCGCCGGGCCUGAGCCGGCGGGCGUCGGCACCACCUCCGCGGCCCGGCCCGGCCCGGCCGUCGGCGGCCACAAUGUUCUCCCUCAAGCAGCCCAAACCCACCUUCAAGUCGUACCUUCUGCCUCAGGCUGAUGACAAUAUAACAUCAGAACCAAGGAUUAAAAAACUGGAACCAGUACUUUUACCAGGUGAAAUUGUGGUGAAUGAAGUAAAUUUUGUAAGAAAGUGCAUUGCAACAGACACGAGCCAGUAUGAUCUGUGGGGCAAGCUGGUUUGCACUAACUUCAAGAUUUCCUUUAUUACAGAUGACCCAAUGCCACUGCAGAAAUUCCAUUAUAAAAACCUCCUCCUUGGUGAACACGAUGUCCCACUCACAUGCAUUGAGCAGAUUGUCACAGUGAAUGAUGCCAAGAGGAAGCAGAAGGUCCUUGGUCCCAACCAAAAGCUGAAAUUUAAUCCAACUGAAUUAAUAAUUUAUUGCAAAGACUUCCGUAUUGUCAGAUUUCGUUUUGAUGAAGCAGGUCCUGAAAGUGCAAAAAAGGUGUGCCUUGCAAUAGCUCAUUAUUCUCAGCCCACGGAUCUUCAGCUUCUCUUUGCAUUUGAGUAUGUUGGGGAAAUAUAUCAUAAUCCAGCAAAGAAGGUGAAUGGCAUAGACCCAGGAGGUGGUGGCAGUGGCAUCAGCAGUGCCAGCAGUCAGCAGACUCCUUUGUUUGAAACUUACUCGGAUUGGGAUAGAGAGAUCAAAAGGACAGGUGCAUCCGAGUGGAGAGUGUGCUCAGUCAAUGAAGGUUAUAUGAUCUCCACUUGCCUUCCAGAGUAUUUUGUGGUUCCGUCUUCCUUAGCAGACCAAGACCUGAAGCUGUACUCCUACUCCUUCAUUGGUAGGAGAAUGCCUUUAUGGUCCUGGAAUCACCCCAACGGGAGUGCCCUUGUGAGAAUGGCCAACAUUAAAGAUGUAUUGCAGCAGAGAAGAAUUGAUCAGAGGAUUUGUAAUGCCAUAACUCGAAGCCAUCCCCUGAGAAGUGACGUGUACAAAUCUGACCUGGACAAGUGUCUCCCCAACAUCCAGGAAAUCCAGGCUGCACACAACAAACUCAAACAGCUCUGUGUCAAUGACCCUUUUGAUGACACUGAGGAAAAGUGGCUGUCCUCCCUGGAAAACACUCGCUGGUUAGAGUACAUUAGAGCCUUUCUUAAGCAUUCUGCUGAGCUUGUCUAUAUGAUGGAGUGUAAGCACGUUUCUGUAGUUCUACAAGAGGAAGAGGGACGGGACCUGAGCUGUCUUGCUGCUUCUCUCAUUCAAGUCAUGCUGGAUCCCUAUUUUCGAACCAUUGUUGGAUUUCAAAGCCUAAUACAGAAGGAAUGGGUCAUGGCAGGAUAUCAAUUUUUAGAUAGGUGUAACCACUUAAAGAGAUCUGACAAAGAGUCCCCUUUGUUCUUGAUGUUCCUUGACUGUGUUUGGCAGCUGCUGGAACAGUACCCAGCAGCCUUUGAGUUCUCUGAGGUGUACCUGACCAUCCUGUACGACAGCGCCCGCAUCUCCUUGUUCGGCACCUUCCUCUUCAACUGCCCCCACCAGCGAGUCAAGGAGAGCACUGAAUUUGCUAUAAGCAAAAACAUUCAGCUGGGUGAUGAGAAAGGCCUGAGGUUUCCGUGUGUUUGGGACUGGUCUCUGCAGUUCACGAGCCGGGACCGGCUGCUGUUCCACAACCCGCUGUACGUCGGGAAGAGCGCGCCCAGCGUGCACAACGGGGCCCUCCGCACCUUCAAGCGCUCCAAGAAAAACUACAGCUCCACAUUGCGAGGUGUCCCCCCAGCAAUAAAGAACGGAAUCAUCGGUGAGCAGGAGUUCCUUCCAAGAAGAAACUCUCUGAUACUAAAAUUGAAGCCGGAGUUUUUCCACUCCGCAGAGGGGCAGAGCCACAGUAUGGAGCAGUACUUCAGAGACUGGUUUGCAAAGCCCGUCGAUUUGCACGGCGUCAUUCUGCCCCAUCUCUCUGGAACACAAAUAAAACUGUGGAAGCUCUGCUACUUCCGCUGGGUUCCCGAGGCCCAGAUCAACCACGGGGGCUCCAUCACCGCUUUCCACAGAGCUUCUCUGCUGGCAGACGAGGUGGACAUGUUAAACCGCAGCCUGCGGCAGUACAAGAGCAACUCCUCCUUGCAAGGCCACUGCUCAGAACUGGAUCAAAGCAGGAUGUACUUCAGGGCAAAUGGUUUAAAUGACACCUCAGGCACCCCAGACUUUCUCUCCUCCUCAUUCCCAUUUUCUCCUGUAGGGAACCUAUGCAGACGGAGCAUUUUGGGAACACCUUUAAGCAAAUUUUUAAGUGGUGCCAAAAUCUGGCUAUCCACCGAGACGCUCGCAAAUGAAGACUGAGGUGAUGUGGAGGUUUAAAGGUUUGGGGAGAAUACAGCAUAUCAAUUUUGUCUUUUCUAACUUAACACUGCUAAAUGCGGCAUUGAAAGCUGUAAUAAUUUUUAUAUACAAACAUUACGUAAGAUUUGCACAAAUAUUUAAAAGCAAGGCAAGUCAUGCUUCAAAUCGCACAAUGUUGUCUUCAGUAGUUCUCAUCUGCUGGGGCUUCUGCUCCCCACUUCCUCCUGUUCUUGGGGCUUUGGCAUAGGUAGAGCAUUUCAUUAGCUAAUUGAAAGGCUUGGUGUGGUCAUUAGUGAGGGUUCUGCUUGAAAUAACCUUUGUUUUCCCAGAUAGUGACUGAAGUAACCCUUUGAUAAAACAGCUUGGAAAGCCAAAGUAGUGCAGUGGAGAUGAAGUGACAGCUGAAAUCUGGGAUAUACUAUUUUAUCCGACUGCCUCUUCAGGAGUAAUACUUACUUGCAUAGAUACAAACAUACUAAUGUUCCAUGACUGAUCACCCUGCAUUGUGCUAAUGCAGUGUAUCCAUGGAAGGGCUUGUUCCCUUUUCUUUCUCGUCCCAAAAUGUGUUCAUUAACAAUUAGUCAGAUCUGUGCUCUUUGUCAUGAGCUUGUCUUUAGACUAUAGAAAUCCACAUCAGGACAAUGCACUGUUAACCUUAAAACUUUUACUGUAGAUAUGGUAUUGUAGUAGCUUUAGAAGUGCCUUUAAUUGGGAGGAAACAGUAGCAGGAUUACUCUAAUGCAGCUGACACCCCCCACACCCCCCAACUUUUUAAAACAGGCUGUUGUGGCAAGUUCUUGUUCCAUCCCCCACUUCCCCCUCUCCAUUUCUGGAAAAAACAGGCAUCCAGAAGAAGCAGCAGGUGUUCCCUCUUUAAGGUUAAGCUUGUUUGUAAGUCCCACAAGACCCUCACCUUUUUAUAAGGGCACCUCAACUACUCAGCAUUAUAUCCCUGCACAGAUCCCCAUCCCUGCCAUCCCUCUCCUCAUUUUUUUGCAGGAUGAAGUAGCUUUCAGCAGAACUCAUACCUGAGCCCUGCUGGCUUCCAGAAAGGAGCACUGGCUCCUCAUUGCCACUUCCACAAGGGGUGCAGGUGCUGCAAGGAGAGCAGUGAGUGGUGCCUUCUUUUUGCAGACUGAAUAUCCAUAGGGACAGUGCAAUGAACAAGCACUGCCUGAGGGAAUUAUAUCCAACAGCCUCCUUCCUUCUGCUUAAUGCAGCAGCCUCCUCAUUGUUCUGAAAUCUUCUUAAAUGAUGCCUCUCCCUGGAUGUGCCACAGAAGGACUCACAGGGAGAAAGGCAGGAGUGUGAAGAAUUACAGAAGGUUGGAGAAAUAGUGAUGUGUCGUUCUCAUAGGUUUAAGGCUCCUGUCAGCUGCCUUCUCUGAACAGCAAGGCUGUAUUUUGUAUUAAAUUAUUUCUGUAUAAACACCAGUGCUGUUGAACUGACACUGAGCCUCUGUCUAGGUAUUGCCUCACCAGUUUAGGGCACCAAAGGCCUUAUACAAUGGACUCAUAGAUGCUCUCAGUUUUCUCAGUGGGGAAAAAAGAAAGCUGCAGGAUAGGAAUAUGCAGUGUAUUCGAGUUUAAAAGAAAGGGGAGGGGAUAGGAUUUGGAAAUCUUUCUUUGUAAACCCAAACUAAUCUUCAGCACGGCCUAAAUCACAAAGUGGGGUUUGGCUCCCAGGCUGGUCUCUGACCUCCAAGGCUGUGCUUUGCUUGCACUGCUGGGGUUGGAGAGGGAAGCAAGGCAGGGCCAGUGCAAAGGUGAACAAUGUCAGGGGAGGGGGCUUCCUUUUUUACCUUGGCAAACUUCCAAACCCAUUCCUAUGCAAAGAAGCUGUUGUGUGUGUGCUGUGCACAAGGUGGGCAGGCACAGGCUGUUGUGACACAAUGCCAGGGCUUCUGGGCAACUGUUUGUGAGGAGAAAACGUGUAUUCACCUCAAUUGCCUAAUUAUGCUGCAAGAUGAGCUGAGCAUGUUAAAUGGUCCACAAACCAGUUGUGUUUAUUUCCAAGCUUGCUGGAGUAGUCAUCUCACUUGUUCAUUAUUCAAACGUUUGUUUUAGUUUGCUUUUGCCAUUCCUCUUUUCCCAUUAGCUUACUGCUUUCCCUGGCCUGAUACUUGACAUAAAGACCUCAACCUGUGUGCUUAGUGUCUUUUGGUA